AUGAACAAGGAAAUAAUUAAGCGAAUUUUGGAAGGCUUUGAUCCCGUUAAGCAUAAUUUGCCCGUAGAUUUUUUGCUCACAAAUUUGACGGAAUUGAAAGGUUGCGGUUGUAAGGUAGCACAAGAGGUUAUGUUUAAAUUUCCUGCUUUUUGGCUACCUGUACUUUUUUUAGGGAUCGGCUUGGACAGUUGUAUUAUUCCAUUACGGCAUGAAGGAUUGUGGUUAGUGCAAACAACAGACUUUUUUUACCCGCUGGUCGAUGAUCCAUUUCUAAUGGGGAGGAUUACUUGUGCAAAUGUUCUCAGCGACCUUUACGCUUGCGGAGUUUCCAUAUGUGACAAUAUGCUUACUUUAUUAGGAAUACCUCGAGAUAUGGAUGUUAAAGUUCGAGAAAUUGUUAUAGCGAUGUUUUUAGAUGGAUUCAAGCAAACUGCAGCUGAAGUUGGUACUACAAUUCGCGGUGGACAAACCGUGAAGUGCCCGUGGCUCCUACUAGGUGGCGUGGGGACAGCAGUCUGUUCCAGAAAAGAUAUGAGCAAAUUACAAGACGCGCAACCGGGUGACAAAAUUGUACUGACAAAACCAGUUGGUGGACAAGUUGCAGUAAAUUCAUUUGAAUGGUUGAAAAGGAACAAUCCUAAAGUGAAGGACCUAAAUUUGGAUGAGAAGAAGAUUCGUCGUGCGUACCAGCAAACUGUCGAACAAAUGUGCCGUUUGAAUCGAAAUGCGGCUGAGUUAGCGAGGAAAUAUCACGCCCACGCGUCUACAGACGUCACCGGGUUUGGUCUUAUCGGUCAUGCAGACAACCUUGCAAAAAGUCAGAGAAGAAACUGCAAAUUCGUAAUAGAGAAGAUGCCUGUUAUUGAGUAUACUGAGGAAAUAUCACGUAAGAUGGGCAAUGGAUUCCGGCUUUACGACGGUCGCGCUGCUGAAACUUCCGGUGGCUUGCUAAUCGUCGUUGAGGAAAAAGAUGCUGAACCUCUGUGCAAAGAGCUGGAAAAAUUAGAUGGCUUCCCAGCAUGGAUUAUCGGAACUGUUGCGGAGCGUACAGGAGAUGGCGACACCUACGCAGAGUUUAGCAAAAACCUUGAAAUCUUCACCGUCCCUUCUCGAAUACAUUCUUAA